CAUGGCAUCUUUAAAUUUUAACGAAAGUGUAUAUCUGUAUAUUUGUCAUAUGAUGAAAAAAUAGGUGACAAAAGAAAUUCUUGUUGCAGACAAAUUUUGAUGAACAAUUAAAAUAAUUUUACUGAUAAUAAAGAUAUUAUAAUCACGAAAACGAGUCCAUUUGCUAGUGGCUUUAUUGGAUUAGUUUGUUUUCAAUUUUUCUUGGUUUUAGUGAGCUCGUGUCAUCUCUACAACUAACCAUAUUGGAUAAAUAAGACAGCUUACAUAAAUACAUAUUUAAUUAAACAACGCGAAUAGCUAUUGUAUGGCUGUUCGCUAAAUGGAUGUUUUGAACCUGUAAUAAAAUAAAUAAUAAUUGCGUAGAAUUCUCGGACAAGUAAAAGAUGAGUGUUAUAAUUCGUUUGCAAAAUUUGCCGUGGUCGGCAAAUGCAUUGGAUAUACGGCAAUUUUUCAAAGGUCUCUCAAUACCGGAUGGAGGUGUUCACAUUGUUGGUGGUGAAAUGGGCGAUGCUUUUAUCGCAUUCAGCACCGACGAAGAUGCUCGUCAAGCAAUGAUGCAUGAUCGUGAUAAAAUCAAUGAGGUUCAAGUGCGUCUAUUACUUUCGUCGCGAGCUGAAAUGCAAAAAGUGAUCGAAACUGCACGUCAGCAAUCUCUCCAAGCCCUCAAAAAUGCUGGUUCGGUACCAGCUAUCAAAACCACUGUAGUCCCACCCUCCUUAUCCAAUCCGCAGCCACCAGUCAUUACACCAAAUAGUCUCCAUAAUAUUCUUUCGAGUGCAGCACCAUCAUUUUUGACAUAUCAAAAGCAAGCUGGCAUCACACUUGUAGAAACGCCAAAGGAGCCCAACACUAAUGAAUCCGUGAGUACACAUCGCAGCAGUGUUGAAAAAACUCGCGAUCGCCGACGUUCUACAUCACGAGACCGUCGUCGAUCACGUUCACAUGACCGAAAUGAACGUAAUGAUCGCAAUGGCUCACGUCGUGGUCGACGGGAUAGAAGUCGCUCUCGAUCGCGAGAUCGCGAUUGGAAGAGUCGACGAUCUAGUCGACGCUCAAGAAGCCCAGAUCGUAGUCAUGACAGAAAUAGAGAUCGCAGUCCAGAUCGUAGUCGAAACUCUAGUAGAAGCAAUAUGAAUAGAGAACGGGAAAGUGGAAGUGGCCAAUUUAAUAAAUCCAGCACAGAUUUACUUGGUACUAAAUCGCAUACUAAAAUAUUAGAUAUAAAUGAGAGCGCUAGCGCCAAAUUAGGAAGUAUUUCGCCUUGGGGUAUUCCUGGCAUCAACUCUUAUCAAACAAACAAUUCAGAUAACGUUGGUGGAACAUCUACAAAUAGUUCUAACCCAUUUUCUAUCGCUGGCUCCAACACCAAUAAUAUUUUAAACCCAUUUAGUGUGGGAACUGCCAUUCCGGGCUUACGAGGUUCGCAGUUGGCAAAUUCAUACACCAGCAGCGUCGGCAAUAAAAGUCCUGAUUCCCACUCUAACACGAGCGCCGUAAAUAUACCAGCAGGCAGCGCCAUUUCACCAUUCCAAAGCUACUCCUCUUCGAUUGUGACCCCCAAUAAUUACAGUAUAAAUUUUUUGAACUCUAAUUCAAACAGUAGUGACUCACCUAAGACCUUUGCAUUACAAAAUCCCUACACGGCGGCGGUACAACAGGCCACAUUGAAUACAAACUCAACAGAUUCCACCAGCUCUGUAAAGCGUAGCCCCACUCAACAGAACAACAGUACAAUGUUCCCUGGGCUUAGCUUAAUAGAUAAGAAGUCAGAUGUAUCUUUGGCACAAGGUAAUGCAUCGGCAACAUUGACGUCUAAUUUCUCGUCAGUGAGUCAAUUGUCACAAGAACCAAUCGCAUUCGCCAAUACCAACCCUUAUGCCCAAAUGUAUCCGAAUCUCUUCGCACAGGCCGCUGCAGCUAGUAUUGCCAAGCCAAGCAACAUCUCUCAGAAAUCAAGAGAGCCGGAGACGCAGCGUUCUAAAGAGCCAGUAAAAGAGAGUUGCUGUAUCAAGGUGAGCGACAUGUGUGCGAGUACCACAUAUAGUGAUGUGCGUAAAUUUUUCAUGGGUCUUUUCAUCCCACACAACGGUAUCAAAAUGAUGAACGAUAAGCAUGGUCUGCGCAUCGGCGUCGCUUAUAUAAAAUUUUCACGAGCAUCCAGUGUACAUAAAGCAUUGAUGCGUAAUAAUUCCACGCUUAAGUCAAGAGCUGUAAAAGUGGAGAUCGUGACUGAUGAGGACUUCGAACAGGUGGAGGACAGUUAUCGCCCCCAGGGACGAUUUGACCGUAACAAUGAUCGUGGAGAGCGAAACUAUCUCGAUAAUCGCGAUGAUUACGAUCGUAAUGACGAUGACAACGAUGGUGAUACGAAUAAUCGUGGUGAUCGAGUGUCGAGUUCCGACAUUGAAUUCAAAUCGGCACCUUUUACCGUACUCUAUAUUGAAGAUAUACCAUCAUCGGCAGUUGAACACGAUCUUAUGCGCAUGUUCUCAUCUUACACCAUUUUCGAUAUAUUAUUGACACCUAGUCGUGAAAAUCGGCGAGAAUUCAAAGGGCAUGUGCUCUUCUCACGUGCCGAAGAAGCGAAAGCAGCUUUGGAGGACAAAUCUCGGCAUAUGAUUGGCUACCGCAAAGUGCGUGUUCGCCCAGCUACGGUCGAUGAAAUGGAAAGAGAAAAAGAGAAACUGCGUUUGGCUAACGAGCAAUUGAUAAAAGAAGAAGAAGCGCUCGCUGAAGCGGAAAGAUUGAAAGAAGAGCAAAAUCAAGGUGAAGAUGAUAUGGAUGUAGCGGAUGACACGAGCAGUCUAGCGUGCACUGAUGCUAAUACCGACUUGCAGUUAGAUGAAAAUGCAGAACGUAAUAAUUCAACUGAUUCUAAAAAUACUAAAAUACCAAGUCUUUUCGAUAUUGGUUCAGUAAGGGGUGAUGAUAUGUCAAGAGGUGGUAAUAUACCAAGUGAUCCCCGUCUGCGUCGACAAAAACCAAGCCGCUUUGAACCUUUAAAGCCCACAGACGGGAUGAACCUGAACAUGAAUCUCAGCAACAUGGGUAUGGAUGGUAAUAUGAGCCAAAAUAACAACAUAAAUAUGAACUCUCACAUGAAUAUGAAUAACAACAUGGGCAUGAGCAACAAUAUGGGUAUGAACAGCAACGUGGGUAUGAACAACAACAUGGGUAUGAACAUGAAUAAUGGUGGGAAUUUCAUGGCGCCUAUGAUGAAUAACAACAAUAGAAACAUGAACAGCAACAAUUCGAUGAACAACUCAAACGGCAUGAAUAAUUUCAUAAUAAUGAAAAACUGCGAUUAUAACACACGUAUGAAUGACAUUGCUAAUCUAUUGCAGGGCGCAUUUUUGCGUCUCAAACACAUUGAGCCGUUACGUGGUGAACGCAAUAUGCCUACCGGAGAAUUCAUUGUCGAAUUCCAAGAUUCUCGUGAUGCAGAAAGCGCCUUACAUCAAUUCAACAACACCACAUUUCGUCAACGAAAACUUCGUAUACGAUCCAUCAUGCCACAGGAGAUCGCUGACAAAAUUGGAAAGCCCUUCAUGAACUGUUACCCUGGUGGUGGUGGUGGUGGUGGUGAUGGUUUUAUGCCAGGUGGCCGACCAUUCGAGAGGAAUCCAUUUCAGGGAAAUAAUAAUGACGGACCACCGAUGAUGAAUAUGGGCGGUGGCUCUGGUGGGCGCUACGGUAAUAACAAUAUGAACAACGAUAACAAUAAUGGUCGUGGUGGUAUGGGAGGUAAUAGUAAUGGCGGUGGAUCCAUGAUGAAUCGCGGUGGUCGCGGUAACAACAGUGGCUAUCGUAGUGAUCAUUCAAGUAGUGGAAUGCGCAAUCGUAGUGGUCGCAGUAACAACAGUGCUUCAAGUCACGACGGCCACAAUUCAGACCAGGAUGAUGAAGUACAAGUAAUUGAUGACAGCAGCAACGAUGUUGUUAUUAGUGGCGAUAGUGGACCUAACCGUGGUGAUGGAGAUAGCAGUGGCAUACCGGAGAAAUUCACACGACCCGGCUGUGUGAUAGCCAUGGAAAAUGUGCCCUACAAGGCCGAACUUAUAGACAUAUUGAAAUUUUUCGCUGGUUAUGACUUGACUCCAGAUGAUAUUAUAAGACGUUUCAAUGAUGACGGCACAGCGACGGGCGAUGCACGUGUGGCGUUUGAAACGCCAUCGAUGGCACGUUCGGCAUACAAUUCACGUCGAAGAAAACAGAUUUUCAAUCGUACCAUACGAUUGUCAUUGCUGUAGGAAAUUGAGAACUGAUUUCAAAAGGGUGGCUGUAAAUAUGGGGUAGAUUAUAUUUAGGUUUGCACAUAUGCAUACAUACUUACGAUAUAUACACUAAGUUAUCAUUCUAAGAUUUUCUCUACACAAUAUUCAAUAUUUGUAUUUUGUAAAUACGAGACAAUAUAAUAUGAGAAGUGAAGUACCACAAUUAGAACGGUGUUAUGCUAAUAUUUUAUACGCAAAGAUACUUACUUAUGUUAUAAUUUAAUUUGUUUAACGUAAAUAAUAUAUGUACAUAUGUACCUAGUUAUAUACAUAUAUAUAGCUUAUAUAGCAUAUAUAUAUAAUAAUUAAAAUAUUUUUAGCAUAUGCAUAAAUAUACUAUGGUUUUUUUAAAACAACAUAUGAUGUUUUUAAAUAAUAAAAUUAUAAAUAAUAAAUAUGUUUAUAUAGCUAAAAACUAAUUUGGGAACUACAAACAUAUAGCCUUGGUACUUUUGAUUCAUCGAUGCUCCAACUUCUUUAACCCAUUUGGCAAAUACGUUUUCUGCAGUCCAUCUUGACCCGUACGAUAACCUGUCGAUCAGCUAGCAGUUCGUGACCAUUUCGGCCUUCACCUUUCCUACCUUCAAGUCAGAACGGGAAAAUUUCACGGUUUCA